GUAGCGCCGGGCUCGCAGCCAUGCCCAAGUACUACGAGGAUAAGGAGGAGGACGGGCGCGCCUGCAGCGGCGUGAGGGAGGACCUGCGGCAGUGCCUGCUGGAGAGCCCCUGCGUCCUGCAGGAAAACAAAAGCCCUAAACAAUGCUUGCGGGAAGGACAUUGUAGGAGUUUGCAAGUGACAUUCUUUGCAUGCAAAAGAUCAAUGUCUAAUAUCAGAAUAUGGCUGAGUUGCAAUCUGUCACUGCCAUCUUCAAGACUGGCUGUCUAAGUUCAGAAUAAUUCUCCCAAGAUCAAAGUAUGUUUUUCUGCUUCGUUGGGAAAGAACUUAGAGUUUAGCUUCUGUAAGUACUGCACUGUGGCUUUUAUUUUAGCUUUACCAUCAUCUUUAACCUUUCAUUAAAUGCUUUUUCUGUAAUUGCCAAGAAUAAACUUGUAAAUUUUUCAAGCUGAAUAUUGUUUGGUUUUACUAAUUUAUUUCUAUUUUUCCAGAAGCUUUGUGUAUUUAAGUUAUCCCUCUCCUCACAGACAUUUGUAGUCACUUGCACUUAACCAGAUCUGAAUUUUCCUCCUUCAGUUUAUCAGUCACAUUUGCAAAGCUGAUCUAAGCAGUUUUACACUACCUUAUUUUUCAUGGGUUCCUUGCCAUCCUGCUGUGCUGUUCUAUCACUUAUGUUGUUUAUUUCAGAAUGCACAAGAAGCUUAUCAAAUAAUACUAGUUUUGUGUGAGGUUUAAGAUCAUGUAAUACCUCUUUCAUUGGAAUCCCCUGUGGCUUGUUGGCUACAUCACUAGUUUCCUUCUGCUUUCUUCUGGCCUUUAUUCUGAUGUUACUAAGUGGCAAGGUAGUACAAACACUCUACAAUAUUCCUUUUGGGAAAUACCUGCUCUUAAUACAUUGUC